AUGGAUCCAUCGACCCCCGCCGAUGAGAAAGAGCGAGCGAUGCAGCAGCGCAUCGUCACACACAUGAACGCCGACCACAGAGACUCGGUAAUCCGCUAUCUGGAGCACUACAAAGGCCUCUCCUCCUUCUCCGCCCGCAACGCUCGCUUAGAAAAAAUGGACCUCAACAGCCUGCACGUAAGAUGCGGCGGCGCGCUGUACACCAUCCCCCUCGACCCGCCGCUCUCGUCCCUAAAGGAAGCCCGCGAGCGCGUCGUCCAGAUGGACAGGGAGGCCAUCGCCGGGCUCGGGAGGAGCGAGGUCACGGUCAAGGAGUAUCGCUCUCCCAAGGGGUUUCACGCUGUCGUUUUCGGGCUCUGUCUGUUCACCUAUGUCGUGUUUUCCCGGCGUGGCAACGUCCUCCCCGGCUCGGUGGUGUAUGACUACCUGCUGAAGCACGUUCCGGGCUCGAGCUACUUUGCGGGCAUCCAGCCGGCGGUGCUGUGGCUGAUGGUCGGGAUUCAUGCGGCCGAGGUGGUGGUCAUGGUGAGGAGGUUGGGGAGGCAUUCUGUGCCGCUGCUAAGCAGGCUUUGGUGGAUGUGGAUGGGGUCGUGUUUCAUUGAGGGCUAUGGGUCGUUGCAGAGGUUUGAUGCACUGGUACGGGAGAAGGCGAAGCAGAAGCAUUGA